AUGGCAGGGGAUGUUGCUCAAUUUCUCCGGAAUAAGUUCCUAGCAUAUCUUAGCGAGACGGAGUCCGAAUUAUCAUCAGGUGCUGUUCUCAUUUCUGAUUUGGGAGCAAUCAAAGAUAUUGUAAUAGCUAUAGAUACUCGAAGACUUACGGAAGAUUACUACUGUCGCUUUAUCUCUGUGCUCCUGGACCUCACCGACGCAUUGACCAAGUGCCAGGUCUUCUCACAUGAGUGGAAGAAGCAUAGUCAUCACAAGACUCAUUUAGUAGUCUUCAACCAUUUGAGUUUGAGGAAGAUUUGUUUCGUGUGGAAGAUGAAGAAGCGGCUGGCUGCAAUAAAACGCAUCUUCGAGGCUGAGUUUAUGAAAAUGGAAGAAAGAAUUUAUAGCUUGAGGGAAUCAUCAAGUCACCCUGAUCCUGAAGAGAAUUUAGAGAUCGAACUACCUGUAGAGAUCGAACUACCUGUAGUCGAGGCUGAAGUUGUGGGAUCUGAUGAGCAAUUACUGAAGAUUGGGAACUUUCUUUUAAAAUCAUCUCCGUCAUCAGGUGCUGGAUUUGCGGCAGUUGGGAUAGUGGGCAUGGCAGGCGUGGGUAAGACCACUCUGGUUUGCAAGGUUUUGAGUUGGUGGAUGGUGCUAGGUAAAUUUUCUCCUAUAAUUUGGUUAUGCUUGUCGAAUAUAAUCAAAGAAAAUAAACAAGUAGAAGAAGAAAUUGAGGUCAGCAUUGUGAAAUGUAUGCUUAGUAAGUUGGACGCCGUUGCCGAUGGGGAUGGCAUCAUCCAGGAGGAGGAGAAGACAAUAAUUAGUAAUAAUUCUGGUCAUCUCCUUGCUGCGCUCUUGGAAAGGCUCAACCAACAUUUAUCAGGUAAAAGUUAUUUGAUUGUGUUGGAUGAUGUGUGGCACAUGAACGAUUUCUACUCGGAUUUAGGACAACUACUUGAGGUUCAGGAAGGUGAUAAGAAAGUUGGGAAUCGCUUAUCGCAGGGAUUGCCUAAGGGUAGUGGUGGUGCCAUCAUCGUCACUAGUAGGAUACCGGAAGUGGUUGAAGCUAUGGUGGUACCGGCGCAGGGGUCAGAUAAACAUUAUAAGAGCCUGAUUAUUUCUCUUGAGCCUUUGGACAGAGAAAGCUGCUGGAAUAUAUAUAAGGACACUGCUUUUGGUUAUCAACAACAUUUGGAAAAGGUUCAGAAUGAAAUUAAGGAUCUAUGUUAUGGUCUACCAUUGGCCGCUAGGACACUCGCAGAAAUCAUGUCCCAGAACUCCCAAAAUUUUGAGAGGACUUCUUCGCCCUACCGCAAAUCUGAGGACUUACCUGAUUCCUUCCAUAUGAAAAAAUCCCCAGUGUUGGUGUUUAUUGAUAUGUACGGUAGACAACAAGGAGAAGAACUCAUUGGGAAAUUUUGCGACCUCCUUACUAAAGAGCAGGUUUUUGGUGUACUACAGAAAGGAGAAAAGACAUAUAAUAAUCCUGAGACGGUGUUAAAGGAUGUUUAUGGUACUUUAGAAAAGCUUAAGCAAAAUGGUUAUUAUGGUUUUGCUUCUGAAAUUCAAAAGAAGAUGAGAAUUAUAGUUGUUGGCGGAGAUGAUGUUAUAAAUUGGAUUUUGGGAGUUAUCUGUGAUCUUAAAUUGCCAGAGUCACCCUCCAUUGCUCCGGUACCACCACCGACAUUAUUAAAAAAGGACAUUUCAAAUUUAUCAUCGCUGAGACCAUUUCUUGUUGACGUAGCACUGGCAAAAACGUGUAGGACUGACAGCUGGCAUUGUUUCAUUAGGAUGAAACACACUCAAUCUUCUACAAGUCAACAACAAAAACCACAUUCUUCUUUUACGGACCGAUUGCCACAUUAUUUGCAUGAGGUUAGAGAUGUGGGAAAAGCGGAUAUUCCAACAUUAUACGGACGAUUUUGGUACUACUUCAUGUUGACUGCGCACGACCCUUGGGGUGACAGCGAUGACCUAACCUCAGUUGCAAUAAUAAAGGUGUUGAAUCAUCUUGGACAGUGGAAAGUGCUUCACAUUCCUGGAUGCACCAUCAAUUCAAUUUGUUGUCUUAACACCCCUAUCUUUCGUCCAAGAGAAGAUCGUUGGUUCACAAACAAUACUUGGGAUUAUGGAAAAACACCUAAGAACCCAUCUUUCAUAGACGAUGGACGCCUCGAAGUUAUCGGUUCCGUAUUUCAAUUUAUGGACAGGAGCAGAAAAUGGACUCUCCUUGAUCAGGUACAAGGAAUUCGCUUCGAGUUUAUUAAGGGUGCAGAAGGGCAUGCAAGGUGGUCUGUGGACAUAAGUAUUGAUGGAGCACCAGAGUUUGAUAUCCCUGCUGUUGAAUUGGUUGAGAUUGAAAUCUCUUACCAAGGUCAAGUCAACAUUCUUGCCGGUCCAAAUUGCGAAGCAAGAAGUAUCCAUCACUCCAAAUUGCCGGUCCAAAUUGAGAUGGAAAAAUUGCACAGCGUUCAGAUACCUGAGGCCAAUCUAGAGCACUGAACAAAUUAAACAAAUGUAACGGUGAAACUUUAUUGAUAUUUUUCAACAACUGGUAUUUUUUGUUUUUUUGUUUUUGUUUUGUUUUUGUGUGUGUGGUCUGAAUUUCAACAACUGGUUUACAAGCUUGAAAACUGAUUAAUAUACUAAAACAGCUGUAAAACUGAUUAAUUAACAGCAGAUUUAACUAAACUGAUAACAGAAACAAUAUAAAUUUGACAACUCAAUCUUAUACCAAAAGA